AUGAGCUUCUGUAAUGGAGGGGUUCAGUGUGACAUUCCAGCUGAGCAUGUGGUGGAUGCUGAUAUGAAUGGAAUUGGUGUUGUAUUGUCCUUUGUCAUCACAUCUGCAAUCUCGGUCAUUGUGGCCGUCAUGGCCGUUCUCAAACGCGGCAUACCCAAGCAGCAGUAUAUGCGAGUCGAUGAGAAGGUCCUCUAUUGGAUCGGGGUCAGGAAACCUGCCAACGAGUCCCCUAGCAAUCUUGGCUAUCAGUCCCUUCUACUCGCAUUGAGUGACCAGAUGUUGGCCGUUGGGCUGUGCUAUCUCAUCGCCAUGUAUGCACAAGUCUGCAAGGUAUCGCUCUAUUCCUUUUAUAUCGGCGCCCAGCUAGGCUAUUUAUCAUCCACCGUUCACUUAUGCACGCUGUUAGUGUUGAAGUCGUACUUCAGAAACCAUCCAAAGCAAGCCCUCUUGCGUGGUGGCUUGAUGAUGUUGUUCCUGGGUCUCCUCGUGGCAACCCUGAUCCUAGAGUUCAUUACACUAUCCGAGCCGCGCGACAGGCUAUUUCUCUGCGGCCUUCACUAUCCGGUAUUACCUCGUCUAGGAUCAAUGGGUGUCAGAUGCUUCUCAAUUGCUGUGAUGCUGGUCUUUGUCUACUGGAACGCUUUCCGAUCGAUCAAACUGGACAACUCUCUAAGAUACGAACUCGAGAACAACACUUCCAAGAACACGAUCCUACGAUGGAUAUAUUCGGGGGGUCAGAGAAAGGUAGACUUUCAGAAGUACUUGGGACAUGAGGAAAAAGAUAAGCGCCAGCGGAAUCGAAAGAAGGCGGCAAUACUGGAACAAAGUCCUGAGUUUUUGGAAACCUUCACCAUGGUGACACCGCUUAUUGUGGCCGAGAUGGCUGCCUCAGUUCUGUUUGAGUUGCUGGUCGCCAUCUUCUCAUUUUCAAUUGCCCUGUACACACUGGUCAUUGGUGUUUUCUAUCAAGGUGCCGACGUCAAGCCACUAUUGACCGCGAGCUUUGGGCAGAUUAUGCCUAUGCUUCUUCUGAUCGUUAUUGCUCUGACAGCAGUCGAGGUUGGCACAAUCAAGAACUUCCGAAGGAUUGAGAUCGAGAUCGAAAUAAAAAAACGUCCCGCCUUAUUACACAAUACUACGAGGGGCGGCCCAGGACCAGAGAGUAACGAUGUGCUCUCGAGCCGAGUACAGUCGUUCAACUUACAGAACAGCAUGACAGGCGUCACAGAGGAUGUGUCGUUGCAAAAUCCUCCUAAAACCUAUGGGACCUCAUUAUUGCCUAUGGCUGCUGCAUCUCAUAGUCAACCAGACCUCUCAGGCACUGCUGGCUUUGGCACAAGAGUCGACUCAAUGACCAGAUGGAUGACACCAAGGAGAACGACGACAAUAGAAUUAGAAGAGGGGGGACGGUCUCUACUUCAUGCUGCCGAUUCAACUUUGGAUCUUCUUGACAUUGCUCUUAGAAGCGCCAAAGGAAUAACCUAUGCUGCGAUCUGCCUUGUUCUCUUCCUCUUGGCUGGGUAUUUUGUUGCAUGCUUUCUCUUCUAUCAGUAUGUGGUGCCAGCUACUGCAGGAGUAUUCAUCAUAGGAGGCAUAUUUGACCUUCUUCGAGGCGUACGAGGCGUCCACAGAAUAAGAAGUGAAAGGCUUCAGAAGGAAAUACAGAUAUGAUGCAGGCAAUAUACCAUAAUAGGAUGGCAUUUGUUUAUUCAUACUACCUAGGCGUAGAAUCCAAGCCUGCUCUGACAUCAUAUUCUCGUUAAAUAGGUAGGUAGUCAGUCAUGAAGCACACCGAAUUACUCACCCAACAUCCAUCGUUCGCCAAAACCGAGGCAUACCUACAGGCAGCAAAAGCCCAUGAUUCAAAG